GUGUCAAAAGUCCAAAUCCAACUCAAAUCAGCUACAUACGCUUGCGACUCCGCGUGAGGCCGACACCCUCUUCCCCCACCGCCCAGAAUCCUGCCGGCCACAACCCCAUAUUGGUUGCUGAAGCCAAUAGCAGAAGAGAGAGGGAAACGAAGGAAUAGAGCUAUGGGUGGUGAUCUUUUUCAAGAUUUGCCACCGCCAUCUGCAUCACAGACACAGCUUCAAGAAUUGCAAUCUUCAACAACAGUUAAAGAGCAUUCAUCAAACCCACCACUAGCACCACCGCCUCCAGCACUCAAGAGCGCUCUCAAACGUCCAAAACCGCCAUCUUCUGGAGAAGAAUCUAAACCUCAAGUUUCAGCUUCAGCACCGGCUCCAGGUCCCGGAAAACGAUUGAGAUUUAAAACGACAACGGAUGCUUCAGAGACACAAGUGAUAGAGGCCAUGCAGAAAAUAGCUUCCCACAUAAAGAAUUCUUCAAAAUUUAGCAAGGCUUCAAAGCUUGCUGUACAGUUAAUUCAGGCUGGUAGUGUUAACCCUGCAACUAGUGAUCACUUUUUUGCCAUACUUGAAGGUGCAAUGUCAUCACCCACCACUUGCAAUGAGGCCUCACUAAGGGCAGACUAUCGUGCUUUGUUCUCUGCAGCUCAAGAUGCAGUUGAGUGCCUUAACAAGAAGCAGAAAAAUCUUCUUACUAUAUGGACAAUAAGGGCUGUCAUGGCUAAUGAUCUGUUCACUGAUGAUAGCUUUGUGUUUUCAAAAGCAUCUGGGAGGAUAAAAGAAGCCAUAUCAAGUCUUCCUGUUGCAACCAAGGAUGAUGACGAAGAAGAAGCUGCUUCCUUGAAGGAAACAGAGGUGGGAAAGGCUCAGGGAGAGUCCCAUAGGGAUAACACUUCCGCCAGUUCUAUACCUGAAGCAAAGGCAGAAGAACCUGAUCCAUUUGGGCUUGACGCUCUGAUUCCAAGCACGUCGAAGAAAGAUGAUACAGCAAAGGGAAAGAGAGAGUUGGUGGCAAAAAAUAAAAAGAGCGAAGAGGAUGAGGCGAGGAAAUUUCUUAGAGGACAGAGAGAAGCAUUAAUUUCCUGUUUAGAAAUUGCUGCACGACGCUACAAAACCCCAUGGUGCCAAACGGUUAUUGACAUCUUAGUGAAGCAUGCCUCUGACAAUAUAUCAAGGUUCACCUCCCGGCAAAGGGAUGCAAUCGACAAACUAUGGGCUUCCAAUAGGGAGCAGCAAAUUCGCAGGAAGCAAGGCAAAUCUGUAUCAGGAAAACUUGAUGUCAAUGGUUUUGAGUGGCUGCAGGAAAAGUAUGCAAAUGAAAAGAUAAGCAUUCGACACUCUGUUAGCGGAGGUGGUGAACGGCGCUGCGAACAAUGGCUUGGUUAAAGAAUGUAACCAACAACCAGUGUAUCUGGUGGGACCUGGCUCACUGGAUGCUGGUACACCUUAAGAAAAAAGAGGCCAUAUCACAUAUGUUAGCUCUGCCGAUUGCUUGCGAUGUAACAUUUGUCCACUUUUAUCUUAUGGCCCAUGGAUUGAUGGUUGCCAUUCAUCACUGGUAACAGGAGAAAACUUCGUGUUGACAUAUAAAUUUAAUUCCAAGAAUGUAAUGGUUUGUUGUCUUUAUUUGGUACUGCAAAACGUUUUUUCGUGAGAUCUUUUUGUUUGAAAUGCAUUCUUACUGGUUUACUGGGCC